AUGGCCUCGUCUCGUUGGUGGCUCUAUGUGCAGGCCAUCUUUUGGCGCUUCCUGAUGCGCAUCGGCAUGUUCCUACAUGAGAUCGGCCCUCCCCGACCACCCCGACCGUUAUUCACCCGUACCGUCACUUCCGACGACCAUUGCCAUCCCGUCGUACUCCACUUUUACUGUCCGCCAAAUUAUCACGAACAACGAAGGCUAGGCCAUCGUUUCCCCGUCGCCGUCAACUUCCACGGAGGCGGUUUCACACUCGGCGCCGCUACGGAUGAUUCUCGCUGGGCGAAAAUAGUGCUGGACACUGUCGGGGCCGUAAUGGUGAGCGUCGCGUACCGACGAGCCCCCGAACACCCAUUCCCGCGGCAACAUGCCGGCGAACUGGGGUUAGAUGUGAGCCGCGUGGCGCUGAGCGGGUUCUCGGCAGGCGGAAACUUGGCUGUCACGGUGCCCUUGCGACUGCGUGGUAGAGUAUCCACGGAAGUGAAGGAACACCUGGGUCGGGCGGAAUCUACACAAAAUCUUCUCAACCAGGUCAGCGAUCUCAACAUUGUUGCUGUCUUCGCUUGGUACCCGAUUCUGGACUUUGAAGAAUCUCGCGAUCACCGUCGUGCUAUGAGUCUGAUGCCGGAUAAGACCCUCCCUGCAUUUUUCACUACCCUCUUCGAUGAGGCCUAUCUUCCUAAUUUGGAAGAUCGUGUCUCCCCCUACGCUUCUCCCAUCCACGCAUCUGACCGUGUCCUGGCUGAAGCUCUUCCCGCGACGUGUUUUUAUUUAUCUGCGAAGAGCCUCGGUAAACGCCCCCGUGCCAUGCUAAUCGAGAAAGCCCGACAUGCGUGGGAUAAGUCACCCAAUCCGUGGCGGGACCAAAACAGCGUGGACAUCUUAUACCGCGAUGCCUGUGCUGAUAUGAAGGCUAUCUUCGACCGGUGA